AUGUUUGCAAGAUUUCGUUUUUUAACGGGUUUAAAUGCUAUUUAUCUUUCAAAAUGCAUAAACUUUAGCAAUUGUCUUUUAGAGUUUCCUUCAACAAUAAUUGAACGUCUUCUUUCAUCUUUAGAAAUAUCUAUAGCGUGUCAACAUUUUCCGGCUUUGGAAUUGAUAUUUCCACACCCUAUGUAG